CAAGAAGGAGAAGUGAAGUGAGAAAUCUUUUCUUCCUUUUUCGUGCCCCGUUUUGAUUGUUAAUCUCUACGCGUGGGGAUGUGAUGUUGCUGCUGGAGGGGUUUUAACAUCAGUAAUUGCUAAUCCAAGUGGCCCCUUCGCCUUCCUCUGCUUCGCCGUUAUAUAUUGGAGAGGAAGCCCCCCCACCAUUUCCACUUCCACUUCCCACUCAAAUCCAUUCCCUUCAUUCUCCUCUGUUUUGCUGCCUUGUGGUAAGUCACUUUUUGACGAGAGUCAGAGAAAAGAAAAAAACAGAGCAGGAGAUAGAUAUUUUAUCAUCAAAGUUUAGAGAGAUGGGGAUGGAGAUGGAAACAAUGGAGUCGAAAUUCAAAAGGGUUUGUGUUUUCUGCGGGAGUAGCCCUGGGAAGAAGACCAGCUACAAAGAUGCUGCCAUCGAGCUCGGCAGAGAACUGGGCCAACAUUUAAGAUUUGCUCUGUUUUUUUCCUAUUAUCCUCUGUAUAAUAAGCUAAACCAUGAGAGGGGUUUUGGUGGUGGGUUUUUGAAGGUGUCGAGGAAUAUUGAUCUGGUGUACGGAGGAGGUAGUAUCGGCCUGAUGGGACUCAUUUCUCAAGCCGUUUACGAAGGAGGCCGCCAUGUCAUCGGGGUCAUUCCCAAGACAUUAAUGCCCCAAGAGAUAACUGGAGUAACAGUGGGAGAAGUGAAAGCAGUUGCAGACAUGCACCAAAGAAAGGCAGAGAUGGCUCGCCACUCCGAUGCAUUCAUUGCUCUACCUGGUGGUUAUGGGACACUAGAGGAGCUUCUUGAAGUCAUAACUUGGGCCCAGCUAGGGAUUCAUGACAAGCCGGUGGGAUUGUUGAACGUGGAUGGGUACUAUAAUUCACUAUUGUCAUUCAUCGACAAAGCUGUGGAGGAAGGCUUCAUCAUUCCGAGUGCACGCCAUAUCAUUGUUUCUGCACCCAAUGCCAAAGAUUUAGUCAAGAAAAUGGAGGAAUACUUGCCAAGGCAUGAGAAAGUUGCAUCAAAGCUUAGCUGGGAGAUUGAGCGCUUGGAAUUGGGUCAUUCUGCCAAAUGCGAAUUCUCUCGAUGAAACCAACAACCAUUAGAAUUGUAACGAGAAAAGAAAAUGAUGGCAAGGUAGUUUCCAGCAUCGCUUUUUUUUUUAUGUUGGAAAAUUGUAAUAUAUAUUUCGAUUUGAGCUUGAAAGAAACAAAUUAACCUAAACAAGGUGAACCAGCUGAGAGGGAAGCUUUGGCUGCCCCGUUUUAAUGUUUCUACUUUCUAGUUCACUUUUCGGAGUUAUAUUGUUACUAUAUAGAUAUUAGUCUAAUUUGUCUAUUCGAAUCAUACAUUAUCGUAAAAUGCACUUUACUUUUUCUUCCUUUUUUUGUUCGCUUAAUGUUUCUUCUAUUUCAUCAAA